CCAGCUCUUCUCCCGCCUCUGCUGAUGCUCUUUUUAAAAUUAUGAAAAUAGUUCCGGCCUUAUCACUCACAAGCGAAUGUUUCUGCUGAUGUUCUAACAAGGUUCUACUACCAUAUGAGUUGCCCUGUAACCCUAAAAAAAAAGAGUUGCUCUGUUGGCAUUAUUCUAGCAACUGAUCCUCUAACUGGCAUAAUUUAUCAGUAACAAGGGCACCGCUAUGUUGUCCAGGGACACAGAUCGGGUGCAGUCCCUAUAGUGACUGCAACUUUAACAGUUGCAAGAUCUUGAGCGUCCAGGACAAAUCGAAGGGCCAAAACAUGUAUGCAGUACCUGAUGCUGGUUGGAGGGAAAAUGCAUGAUUUGGCACUGGCUGGAGGGAAAACGCGAGGACUUGGCGCCAUUUUCGUCGCCAAGAGGGAACCUGCCGGCGAGGGAGGCCGGCGACCUGCUCCACCAUGGAACCUCCCGAGUUUCCUCCAUCUACAAAUCGCGCCCCACCUCCUCCCCCAUCUGUGGCCGAAGCCAUUGUCUCUUCGUGCGACGACUUGGGGACGCACCAGCGCUGUUGCUGCUCCUGCUCGUGGGCGCGACGGAGCGGCCAUCCUCCAGCUGCUCAUGGAAGCAUAGCUGCGGCGACGCCGGUGCCGAGCGAGAUGCCUGCAACGACGACGAAGAAGGCCGACGCUGCACAGCCACCGCACAACCGCGCCCCUGUGCAAUCUCCUGCAGCGCAGUGCGCCGGCAAGUGUCAGAACAGCAGCGAGCUAUGGUGCCAUGGAUGGCGCCCAGCAGGUGGUCGAGGAAUCGCCUACAAGGCCGUGUACUUGAGCCUGGGCUGCUAUGGUUGAUGCAAGUCUUUUGUAUAUGAAUUAGGCAAAGUGAACCUUAUUAUAUUCCUAGACUACCAUAUGCUCUUUUGGGUUAAGCAAAUGGUAUUGCCUCUUUUGUGAAUGCAAGUCUGCUACUGGUGAAGCAAGCUUUUGUAUAUCAAUAGCAAUAGAGAACCUUAGUACAUGUAAAAGGAUCUCAGCUUAACAGAUGCUCUUUUGGUGAUAUAAAUUUAAAGGGCAUUAAAUUCUCAAUUUUCAGUAAAAUACAGAUAAUAUUAUUGUAUUUAAUUUCAUUGUAACAUUUAUAUCUUCUAUGUUCCUUGUUUUUUUUUCUAAGUACCGGAGGCUAACAGUACAAGUUGGGGAUGAAACCUGGUAGAAAAGAAAAGGUCCAAUCUUAACCAUUGUUGGCCUCUUCGAUGGUUCAGAUGGAGGGACUGCAUACAUGUAAAAAGAUCUCAGCUUAACAUAUGCUCUUUUGGUGAUAUAAAUUUAAAGGGCAUUAAAUUCUCAA